AUGAGCUGUGCUCAGUCUGCAAGGCUCUGGGAAGAGCUCACUAAGAGAAAAGUCACAAAUGCAGUAAGCUGUGUACUUGAGGGAAACAAGGACGCUUUUUUUGUUGUUUGUUUGUUUCUUUCAGACUACAUAUUUAACUUCGCAACCGCUGCCACAAAAAAGAUAACUGAAUCAGUUGCUGAAACAGCCCAAACAAUAAAGAAGUCUGUGGAAGAAGGAACGAUAGAUGACAUCAUUGAUAAGACAAUCAUAGGGGAUUUUCAGAAGGAACAGAAAAAAUUUGUUGAGGAACAGCAUACCAAAAAAUCAGAAGCAGCAGUGCCUCCGUGGGUUGAUAGCAGUGAUGAAGAAACAAUUCAGCAGCAAAUCUUGGCCUUAUCAGCUGACAAGAGGAAUUUCCUCCGAGACCCUCCAGCAGGCGUGCAGUUCGUCUUUGAUUUUGAUCAGAUGUACCCGGUCGCCCUGCUCAUGCUUCAGGAGGACGAGCUGCUCAGUAGAAUGCGAUUUGCCCUGGUUCCGAAACUUGUGAAGGAAGAGGUGUUCUGGAGAAACUACUUCUACCGCGUCUCCCUGAUCAAGCAGUCGGCCCAGCUCACGGCGCUGGCCGCCCAGCAGCAGGCGGCAGAGAAGGAGGAGAAAGACCACGGCGAGGAAGAUGAGCUGCCGCUGACAGAGGCAGUACGGCCCAAAACGCCACCUGUUGUAAUCAAAUCUCAGCUUAAAACUCAAGAGGAUGAAGAGGAGAUUUCUACCAGCCCGGGUGUCUCUGAGUUUGUCAGCGAUGCCUUCGAUGAGUGUAAAUUAGAUCAAGAGGACCUGAGGAAGGAAAUGGAGCAGCUGGUGCUGGUCAAAAAGGAAGCGGGAACAGCUGGAAUAGAAGAGGACUCUGCAGAUUGGGAGAAAGAGCUGCAGCAAGAGCUCCAAGAAUAUGAAGUGGUGGGAGAAUCAGAGAAGCGAGAUGAAAAUUGGGACAAGGAAAUAGAGAAAAUGCUUCAAGAGGAGAAUUAACUGCUCCGUGCAAGAAAAGAAUGCUCCUUAACAUUCUGUGACUGACAUUAACUAGAUGUAGACUCUCAGUAAAUCAGAGCACAGAGUACAACUUUUUGAAAUUCUUGUUUCCAAGCAAAACUUGCCUCUUGUACUUUAUGUAUACAAAACAGUUCUUCUAACAAUCAAGGGGGGUUGUUUUACAUAAUAUUUCUUCAAUCUGGUUUCGAGAUGGUCUUAUAGUCGAUGUGGAUAACUCUGCCACAGGAACCAAGUAAUGUUUGAAAGUUCUGUUUUCUGUGAAGUCAGAAAUAUAAUUUAUUCUUCAAUUGUGGGUUUCUAAGCAUUUGUACUUACUGCAUUUUGUUGAUACACACGAGUUAAAAAGAAGAAUGGAUUGAUAGCUAUUAAAAUGACCAAAUUGUACCAAAGAACUUAAGAGGAAGCACUUUCAGGAUGAUUUUCCUGAUAGGUAUUUUCUAAAAUUCUACCUGGAGGUCAAAAGAUGCAAUGAUUUGGUUGAUGUGAAUGGGAGAAAUGUCACACGACGUGACAUUGCGAAUUACUUUGCGAAAAGGUGUUUUCUUGCUUCUUUUUACAUACAGCACAUGUUACAAGCUGCUUUCUAAAUCCCACUUUAUGGUUUUGUACAAUGCAAGAGCUUUCCGCCUUUUUGCAUUAAUCAACUUCAGAAGCCUUUAAAGUGUCUUUUGGCAUUAUUUGAAUCAUCGCCACAUAGCAAUGUUUUCACUGUUUCUUAAUUAAACUGUCAGUCGUUAUUAUAA